AACGGCUUCUGGCUGUCCAUUAAAAGUGCUCAGCGCAAAUCUGUAAACACCAUUCUCUCAGAGGCUCUGGUCAUCUCUGAAACCUGCUGGUGGGGUGCAAAGAGAGCAGAGCCUCGGGGUAAAGAAGGGAAGCCACAGGCACACAAGGGCCACUCCCAGACCCCCAGAGAUGUCACCAUUGCUGCUGCUGUCACCACUCCUGCUGCUGCUGAACUUGGAUCCCACACAGGCCUCGCUGAUCCGGGUCCCUCUUCACAGAAUGCCCCCUGGACCCAGGACCCUGAACCCACCCAGAGCCUGGGGCCGGGCAGCGGCGGCCCUGGGACUGGGGGGCCCAGCCCCUAGGGACAAGCCCACCUUGGUGUCUCUCUCCAACUACAUGAACGCCCAGUACUUCGGGGAGAUCGGGCUGGGGACGCCCCCACAAAACUUCUCUGUGGUCUUCGACACCGGCUCCUCGAACUUCUGGGUCCCGUCCAGGACCUGCUCUUUCUUCAGCCUGCCCUGCUGGUUCCACCGCCGAUUCGAUGCCAAAGCCUCCAGCUCCUUCCGGCCCAAUGGGACCAAGUUUGCCAUUCAGUAUGGGACGGGGCGGCUGGACGGGAUCCUGAGUGAGGACAAGCUGACUAUUGGGGGGAUCGCAGGAGCAUCGGUGACUUUUGGAGAGGCUCUGUGGCAACCCAGUAUGGUCUUCACUUUGGGCCACUUUGAUGGGAUUCUGGGCCUCGGUUUCCCCAGUCUGGCGGUUGGAGGAGUUCAACCCCCACUGGACGCUCUGGUGAAGCAAGGGCUCCUGAAGAAGCCAGUCUUCUCCUUUUACCUCAACAGCUCCCUCUCCACACCAGCCCCCACCUUCUCCCACACCUUCUGA